UGCGCAGGACCAAACCCUCAUUCGCGUCGCGUUCACCGGACUCGUCGUGUCGGGUCUCCUCCGUGGCUGUACUACUUACUUGUCCAAGUCGUCACGCUUAUUCUAACUCUUGCCGCGACAAAAUUGCCGGCGUUAAUACCCACCACUGUCGUCACACGUCUUAUCGCGCGAGUUUGUACUGCCGUUUAAUUGUUAAAUUUUUAAUUUUUAGUUUGAUAAGUAAAUAAAUUAUGGGUAAAUUUUUGGUAAUUAAUAAUUUAUUGGUAACUAUUCAUAAUUAAUUUUUAAUUGGAAUAAUUAAUGAUGGUUUGAAUAAUAAAUUUUUAAAUUCAGUGGCACACCCUCGAAAUGAAAAACGAGGGGAAUUAGACGUGAAUUUUUAUUUGAAAUUUUUGUUUGUUAUUUUUAUUUUAAAUGAUUUAUAAUAAGGAUUGUGUAUGAUGUUGAUGUUACAAGAGGGAGAGGAGGCUUAAGUUGGAUCAUACUGGAUUAUGAGGAAAAAAUAUGACACGAGGAGGACGAAACGCGUUGUUGGACUACUUGAACGCGGCAGUCUGUGCGACCUCUACAACCCCUUAUUCGCAUCGACCGCGCUAUACAAGACGCUACUGACCGAGUCGAUCUCGGUGGCAGACGAUUGGAUCGAUGGUGACUGCGGAUGAUUGCCGUCAACAUCAUGACAUCAAUAUGCAUAAAAGUAAAACAUUAUUUUAAUUUUAAUUUAUUUAUCUCAUAAAUACGGAAGUUGAUUAAACAAACAGUAAAGAGUCCGAAGAAUAAAAAUAGUAUUUGAUAAAGUAAAAAAUAAAAUGAGAUAAUUGAAUAGUGAGUGAAAAUAUAUAGUAGUGAUAGUAGCCGCGAGUGUUAAAUAGUGAUAAUGAGACGAGGGUUGACCGCGUGUGUUUUGCGAUAGGGGAUUUCGUUGGGUCUUUUAGAUUUUUUCAAGGGAAAUGAAAAGCUUUGAGGGACAAGGCCGAGGGCUGGGACGGAAGAAGGGUAAAGGGAUGCCGUUGCGGUGAGAUUAAUCGGACUUAAGAGCUGAUGGUGAUGGUGCUGGUGGCGGCAGUGGCGGCGGCGGUUAAUGCUGGUGUUACUACGGUUAUAAAACCGGAAGAGUGAGGGUGCAAGUGAAGGUGCGGAAGGUAGUGGUGAGGGUAGAGGGUCUAUGGUGGUGGAUAAAAAAAUCUAAAGAUCUGUAAAAAAUGAUUGGUCGAGGUAUCGAUUACCCUGGUCAUCGCCAAAGACAAAACCAGCCCCACUUUUGUUGUUUACUGCUGCUACGAUUGAAAGGGGCGGCACUUGGUAUCGGUAUUGUUCUUUGUUUAGAUGCGAUUUUACUCUGCGGGGGACAAAAACCAAUAAAUCUUGGUGGCGUUAAACGACGGGAUGUUUAUAUCGCUGGAUUUUUUCCCUAUGGCAGGCACGUGCCUGAAAGUCACAUUGGACGUGGGGUAAUGCCUUCUGUUAAGCUUGCUGUCGACCAUAUCAAUGACAAUCCAGCAGUUCUCAGGAAUUAUCGAUUACACAUGUGGUGGAAUGAUACUGAGUGUAAUGCUGCGGUUGGAGUAAAAGCAUUUUUUGAUAUGAUGCACAGUGGACCACACAAAGUAAUGUUAUUUGGAGCUGCGUGUACCCAAGUCACGGAUCCAAUUGCCAAAGCCUCUAAACACUGGCGUCUAACCCAAUUAAGUUAUGCCGACACUCAUCCAAUGUUCACCAGUGAUAACUUUCCCAAUUUCUUCAGAAUAGUGCCGUCUGAAAAUGCUUUCAAUGCGCCCAGAGUGGCAUUAUUGAACCACUUCAACUGGACAAGAGUUGGAACAAUUUACCAAAAUGAACCUCGAUAUGCACUUGCACACAACAGACUAGUUGCUGAUCUCGAUGAUAACAAACUCGAAGUAGUGGAAACCCAAAGCUUUGCCACGGAAGUCAGUACUGCCUUGGAAAAGCUUAAACAUGCAGAUGUUAGAAUAAUACUAGGAAACUUUAAUGAAGUUUGGGCCAGAAGGAUAUUUUGUGAAGCUCACAAGUUUCACAUGUUUGGCAGCAAAUUCCAGUGGAUUAUAAUGGGUACAUUUGGUGAAGAAUGGUGGUUGAAACCUGACGGUGGUUGCGCACCAUCAGAACUUGCUGAAGCACUGCAUGGCGCUAUACUGACUGAUUUAUUACCAUUGUCGACGGAUCGACAAAUCACUGUUUCAGGAAUCACACCCGAUGAGUAUCAAGUGGAAUACGAUUCCCGUCGAGGUAACGAAUACUCUCGAUUCCACGGUUACACUUACGAUGGUAUAUGGGCGGUAGCACUGGCGAUCCAACAUGUAGCACGUAGAAUCCGGCACUUUAGAAGAAAUCAAACGGUCGCUGACUUCAAGUACCGAGAUCCACUCUGGGAAAAGCUCUUUCUAGAGGCCCUGAGGAACACCAGUUUCGAAGGAGUCACUGGUCCCGUUCGUUUUUACGACAACGAAAGAAAGGCCUACAUUCUCCUGAAGCAAUUUCAAAGUGGUAGCGAGGUUAAAGUAGGCGAGUACGAUGGUGUCACUGAUACCCUGGAUCUACACCGAGGUCAGCGGAUGGUCUGGCACGGAAAAUCACCCCCAAAGGACCGAACCGUUCACGUCAUCGAGCACUCUACUGUCAACAUCAGUAUUUACGUGACGAUCGCUUCCGCAGCUAGUGUUGGUAUCUUGCUGGCUGUGGUGUUUCUCGCCAUCAACAUCAGAUACAGAAAUCAAAGAUACAUAAAGAUGUCAUCUCCACACCUGAACAACCUCAUUAUCGUCGGGUGUAUGCUGACGUACAGCAGCGUUAUUUUCCUUGGGCUUGAUUCAACAUUAUCAAGUGUACAGGCCUUCCCCUACAUAUGCACAGCGAGAGCCUGGCUCUUAAUGGCCGGAUUUUCACUCGCAUUCGGCGCCAUGUUUUCUAAAACAUGGCGUGUUCAUUCUAUAUUCACAGACGUUAAGCUCAAUAAAAAAGUCAUCAAGGAUUAUCAGUUAUUCAUGGUAGUUGGAGUACUUCUGGUCAUUGAUCUAGCAAUAAUGACAACAUGGCAAGUUGCCGAUCCAUUUUAUCGAGAAACUAAACAAAUGGAGCCUUAUCCUCACCCGUCGAGUGACGACAUUGUAAUGAUACCAGAGAAUGAAUACUGCCAGAGUAAUAGAAUGACUAUUUAUCUCGGUUGUAUUUAUGCGUACAAAGGCCUACUGAUGAUAUUCGGUGCUUUCCUCGCAUGGGAAACCAGGCACGUUAGCAUACCAGCGUUAAAUGACAGCAAGUACGUUGGAAUGAGUGUUUACAAUGUUGUAAUAAUGUGCGUCACCGGUGCGGCCAUCAGUUUUGUUCUUGCCGAUAAACAGGAUACAAUGUUUAUAAUGCUGUCGAUAUUCAUUAUAUUUUGUAGUACAGCAACACUCUGCCUUGUUUUCGUACCAAAGCUGAUUGAGUUGAGAAGAAACCCUCAAGGAGCAAUCGAUAAAAGAAUCCGAGCAACUCUUCGUCCCUCAUCAAAAACAAGACGAGACUCGUCGGUCAGCGAGCUCGAGGAACGUUUGAAGGAUGUUACAACAGCUAAUCAAAAAUUCCGCAAGCAGCUCUUGGAAAAAGAAUCCGAACUUCAAAUGUACCUGAGGAGACUGGGGGACGAGAGUCUUUUACAAGAUACCAAAGAAGCAAUAGAUAGAUUGUCAGUACCGAGGAAUGAAACUCUUAUAAAAAGAGAAGAACUCACUGUCCAGCGGCAUGGUACAAAAAGUCACAAAGGGGUAUCGAUGGUCACUGAAACAACUGACGUUUCAAUGUCAUUAUGCAGUUUAAAUUCAACAACUGUGUCACAGCCGGAGAGUGAAUAUGUUAAUGUCAUUGCUUCGAGCGAUCAAUCAACUACUAGAAAACACGCGUCUUUCGGCAAAACAACAAUCGAGAAUGAGCGAACGUCUUUAUUACCUCAAGCAACGAGUUCGCCAACGACAAAUCAUUACAAAAAAUCAUCAAACAAUAAUAAUAAUAUCAGUAAUAAUAAUAAUAAGAAUAAUAAUAAUAAUAAUAUAAAUAAUACCGAAAACCAAGAGACUGAGCCAUUAUUAAUUAAGCGUAGUCCUGAGCCCAGGAUUAUAACGACAAAUGUUGGCGAUAAAACAACCCCAGCUUUAACAGUAACAACAUCUACGUCAACAUCAACGUCAACAUCAGCAGCAUCAGCAUCAGCAGCAAUUAAAAAAGUUGCCGAGUUCACUGAGGACUCACUGGUUCCUCAGGAGACUGAACUGUCACGUGACGAGAUCGUGACGGGUAAAAAAACCAAAGACACUAGUGUAGAAAAAAGAGCUAAGCUUCCAACACCACCACCGCCAACUAAAAACGUAUCUUUUGGUGAAUUACGUGAAGAUAAUUAUCUUGAGCAAGCAAUAUUACCACCCCCGGUACAGUUUGUACCAAAACAUCGACAUUCACCUCAUCAUCAUCAAACUCUGACGAAACGUCGGUCGUCGGUUAAAAAUAACGGUCUAGCGCACUCGCACCAUGAGCUUUUUGAAAAACGGCGCACUAGUGUACCAGCAAAUACAAUAAGUUAUAUAUCUACUGAAAAUAUAUCAAAAGUUGAUGCACUCAAUGACGAGUCAUUGAGCAGUUUUGAUCGCACGUACGUGAUUGGCGAAUGCGGGCAUCGUCGAGCCGCGUUGGGUGGCGGCACUGGUUAUCGGUGUGAAAAACACGGCGGGGGUGCCCGUCUACUUCACACUCAUCACAUUUCAAAUGGCUCAACGGAUAUUUCCGGCACUACCGCACGAGUACUUUCUAAACAUCAUCGAGAUCGUGAUAAUUUACAGUACUGCAAAAAUGCAAGCUCACCGAGUGUACCAGCAAUGCUUAAUGCCAGUUACUCUGAUACCGAAAAAACCGAGGAUUCAUCGGCAAUAAUCCAAAGAUCAGUAUCCGAAAAGUCCCGGGAAAAAUGCUCAAGAUCGCGAACCAGUACCGCGGGUACCAGUAGCACCUUGACAGCCUCAAGCGGACACCAUCUAACAGCAGGAGCAGUAACCGAGUGUCGUCAUCGCACACAGUCGCGAAAACACCGGGAGUGCCGUCACACCGAAUCACGUCUUCGGCAGCAAGCGCGUCUCGAGUACGUCCAGAGCAGCCCAAAUGUUGCGACAACAGUACAAGCCGGUAAGUUCGCAAGUGCAAAUCCCCGUGGAGGCGGCGGUCUAAGUCCCAGUAGUGGACGUGGUGGCCUUCACUGUGGUCAUGGUAACGGCCUCGGUGGCAUAGGAAGUACCGGGGGUAUAAGUAGUGCUAGUGCAAUAGGAGGUAGUGAAUUAACAGUAGGGAGAGACGAUAAAAAUUCAAAUCCUCCGAUUGCCGGUGGAUCAACAGCGGAUCUAACAAAUAUGUGCAGUGCCGUGUCCGAUGGGGAACUACUGGACGUCGAUAUACUACCGAUAUUUCAAAAAUUAUUAUCUGAAAGACACAAAAAUUCAACCGGUGCUUAUGGCUCUAAUAUCGCAAGCUGUCCUAAUAUAUCAAUUAAGUGUGACAUCGUUGAGUAUCUUUAACGCUUUUUUCAUCUUUAUUAUUAUUAUUAUUAUUUCAAUAAUAGUCUCAUUAAUGUCACGUUUUAAAAACAUAAGUGACUGCGAUAUAAUGAUUUAAUACCGUCAAUUAUAAAUAUAUACAUUAUAUAUAUAUUAAUAUAUGUAUAUAUUUAAAAUAACAAACAAACUUUAAAUAAAUUUAAUAUUCGUAUAAAUAUAUAUACGAGUACGCGAGUGUUGCCAAUGAUUUUUCACAAUUAAAAAAAAUAUAUAUAUAUAUAUAUAUAUAUUAGACUGGGCCAAAAAAAUCGACUAUUUUUUUUUUUUAACGAUACUGUGAAAAUAUUAUUCGGGAUGACAAAAAAAAAUUAUUGUAAAAAUUUGAGCCCUUAAUUUUGAUAUUAAGAGGUGUAUCAUUGCAAUUUUCGAUUUUUUUUAAAUGAGCGGGUUUUUGUCUCAUAACUCUCAAUCCAUCGAGAUAAACAAAAUCGACUCGGAUACAUUUUUUUAAGGAAAUUUGAUGCUCUACAAAAAAAAUCUGAUUGAAAUUUUUCGUCAGAUGAACCGUUUCCUUAUAGUCAUGCUUUGAACGUUGGUAUGAUUUUAAAAUUUGAUUGUUCAACUUUGGAAUUUUGUAAUUCAUGUAAAAAUAAGUUUCCGGAA